UCAGCCAAGUCUACCAUGUCGAUUACUGCUGGUCUUGUUAUUCGCUGCAAAGCAGCUGUUGCAUGGGAAGCGGGGAAGCCAUUGGUGAUUCAGCAAGUGGAAGUUGCUCCACCACAGGCCAUGGAAGUGAGGAUCAAAAUCAAAUAUACCUCACUUUGUCACACUGAUCUCUACUUUUGGGAAGCCAAGGGCCAGUCGCCAUUGUUUCCUCGAAUAUUUGGCCAUGAAGCAGGCGGGAUUGUGGAGAGUGUAGGGGAAGGUGUAACAGGCCUUGAGGUUGGAGAUCAUGUGCUUACAGUGUUCACAGGGGAGUGUGGAGAAUGUUCUCAUUGCAAGUCUGAGGAAAGCAAUCUGUGUAACCUGCUGAGGAUUAAUACAGACAGAGGUGUCAUGCUUAGUGAUGGAAAGUCUAGGUUUUCAAUCAAUGGAACACCAAUAAAUCACUUUGUUGGCACAUCAACUUUUAGUGAGUAUACAGUCGUUCACUCAGGCUGUCUUGCAAAGAUCAAUCCAUUGGCACCUUUGAACAAAGUCUGUGUCCUCAGUUGUGGCAUCUCAACAGGAUUGGGUGCUACUCUAAAUGUGGCAAAACCCAAAAAGGGUGCCUCAGUAGCUAUCUUUGGAUUGGGAGCUGUUGGACUAGCAGCUGCAGAAGGUGCAAGAAUUGCUGGAGCAUCUAGAAUUAUAGGGGUGGAUGUCAAUCCUAGAAAGUUCGAGGAAGCCAAGAAGUUUGGAGUAACAGAAUUUGUGAACCCCAAGGACUAUGACAAGCCAGUUCAAGAGGUUAUUGCUGAGAUGACCAACGGUGGGGUUGACAGGAGCGUUGAAUGCACUGGCAACAUUAGCGCCAUGAUUUCAGCUUUUGAAUGUGUCCACGAUGGGUGGGGUGCGGCUGUUCUUGUUGGAGUGCCUAGCAAGGAAGCAAUGUUCAUGACCAGGCCCAUCAAUGUGCUUAACGAAAGGACAUUGAAAGGAACUUUCUUUGGAAACUACAAACCCCGGACUGAUCUCCCAUCUGUUGUUGAUAUGUACAUGAACAAGAAGCUGGAGUUGGAUAAAUUUAUAACUCAUCAAGUCCCUUUCUCGGAGAUUAACAAGGCAUUUGAGCUCAUGGUUAAGGGAGAGGGUUUGCGGUGCAUUAUUAGUUUGGAAGACUAGGAUUGUGUUGCCCACUUGCAAUAUCAAUCUAGCUUGUUCAAUACAAGGGUACAAGUUUCUAUCGAGACUAGCUUUUCUGUACUUCAAUUAUGAAGAAUUUGAAGGCGAACCUUCGUUCUGAAAAAAAAAUGUGACUAAUAAAUAUAUCAAAAUUUGCGUAGUUUUUUAUUGUAAUUUGACUGUUAAAACUCAAAAUUGUUAUUAGUUGAAAUUCUUUCGGUUGUCUCCGUUGUAAGUGUCGAGAAUCCUGAUAUUUCCUGUCCACCGAGGGAAAGAGUCCACAUACAGAUUAGCCCUGCCCAGAUACUGAAGCUUUGGGUGGACUUGGACUUGUAGAAGCCCAACCAAAAAUUGUGG